AGGAAACACAAUUCUACAGCUAAAAUGGCGCAGGAGCAACAGCAGGAAACAACACAGGGAGAGAUGGAGGGUGAGUGAAACAACAUCAAAACGAAAGAUGACAGAAAUCUAACCUGCUUCGGCUAGUAACGCAUUGUUAUUUAUGGAGGUGUAAUGUGAUUGUUAGGCAAUCUAGUGAUAGCAGUUGAGGAACAAGUUGCUUGCAUGAAUAUGAGAGAGCAAUGGGGGCGGCCAAAGCAUUCAAGUCACACACAAAGAAACGCAUUUUCGACCUGUAGUUUUUGGAGGAUGAAGGUGAUACCAUUAAGCAUUGUAUGUGACAUAAUGUAGUAUCUCAUUCACAGUAUAUUUUUGCCGGCUUUCAAUUGGUUGUCAAAUGUUUAUUGACGCCAUCACUGAAAUUGGAUAGUUGGCUAGUUAGCAAGCUUAGCUAGCUUGCUAACUAAUCAAUUCUAACUAGUUGUUUAAAAAUAUGGUCAGAUGCUGACAACAUGGUUGCACUUGCACCCCAAGUGAACCAGGUUUAAAACUUUUGAUUGGCAAUGGUAGACGGAUAUGUGAUGACAGAAUUUGCUUAAAAUACAUGGAUGUUGUCAUCAAUCUCAUGUUGUGGUAUAAAUUACGUAACCAGCAAUUUUUCCUAAAAAGUGUGAUUUUGCAAACAAGCUUCCAAUCGCUAUGUUGUGUUGACACAUAGCUACUCCAAUAACCAUUAUGUAAUAUAGCUAGUUCCCACAUUAAAUUCAGAAUUCGGGUUCACUUUUUUUUACAGCACCAUAGCACUUCACUCUCUGUGAAUGAACUGUCAUGUUAAUUGUUUACAAACUUCUAUGUUGUUGAUUUCUUCUCUCUAGCGGGAGGAGUAAACUGUCUUGCUUAUGAUGAGGCCAUUAUGGCUCAGCAGGACAGAAUUCAGCAGGAGGUGAGUUUACACUUGAAUAGGCAUUGAUCAUAUGUAGGCUAAGGUUUUGAAUUAGACUGACAUAAGUCUGCUGUGGAGAAGGUUGAACUGCACUGGAACUGCAUUCCUUUGCAUCACAUGAUUUUGAUCACCCUGUGUUUUUUGUUUUAUAUUGGUUUCUAUAAAUCCAUGAGUAUGAAACGUCUGUGCAUUAACGUGUGUGUGUGUCUAGAUCGCUACUAGCAUCCUUUUAGUGUCAGACCGACAGGAGCUGUCAGUAUUGCAGAGAGAGUAUGCUGCAGAAGACACCAUUUAUCAGCUCAAGAUCAAGGUCAGUAAAACCACACAAUUCUUGAAUUACAGGAUUUGAAUCUGCAUCACUUCAUACUGGUUUAAGGCGAAAGGGUUCCUUACGACCACAAAACCAAUGAAGGUUAGAAAUGGUCACAUAAUGAUUGUAUUUACUUUGAAUAUUUCCCUGUUCUUUCCUUAGGAUUUACACAAAAAAUACUCGUAUAUUCGUAAGACGCGACCAGACGGGAACUGUUUCUACAGAGCUUUUGGCUUUUCACAUCUCGAAUCACUGCUAGAAGACAGCAAAGAGCUGCAGAGGUAACAUAACCAUAGUACAUAUAGCUCAUUGACGGUCAGUAAAGCAGACUAUGUAAUAUGAUAGAUGGAUGUAAUAUGAUUAGUGUUGCUGCAUUAAUAGGCACUGAAUACCGAUGCAAUGUUUUAUGUCUCUAUAGGUUCAAAGCAGUGGCAGCAAAGAGCAAACUGGACCUGGUAAACCAGGGUUUCACUGAGUUCACCAUUGAAGACUUCCACAAUACUGUGAGUUGCUUCCCUCUUAUUGUACACCAUAUGAACAACAGUGACAGCUCACACACAUGACACAUACACUGAGUGUACAAGACAUUAUGAACACCUGCUCUUUCCAUGACAUAGACUGACCAUGUGAAAGCUAUGAUCCCUUAUUGAUGUCACUUGUUAAAUCCACUUCAAUCAUUGUAGAUGAAGGGGAGGAGACAGGUUAAAGAAAGAAUUUUAAGCCUUGAGACGAUUGAGAUGUGUGCCAUUGAGGGUGAAUGGGCAAGACAAAAUAUUUAAGUGCCUUUUGAACGGGGUACGGUAGUAGGUGCCAGGCGCACCGGUUUGUGUCAAGAACUGCAACGCUGCUGGGUUUUUCACCCUCAACAGUUUUCCGUGUGUAUCAAGAAUGGUCCACCACCCAAAGGGCAUCCAGCCAACUUGACACAACUGUGGGAAGCAUUUGAGUCAACAUGGGCCAGCAUCCCUGUGGAAGGCUUUCGACCAAUUGCAGAGUCCAUGCCCCAAGGAAUUGAGGCUGGUCUGGGGGCAACCUGGUCACAUAGACUAGACGUAACAUAGUAAAUGUCUAAUCUGGGACCCUCAAAUUAGUAUGACAUGUUACGUUUGGUAUGGUUACAUAAGAGAGAAGGGUACUUGUGCAAAAACGAAAGUAGGGUGGAUGGGUGGGCAUAUAACGCGUAAGUCUAGCAACCCAAAGGUUGCGUGUUCAAAUCUCAUCACGGACAACUUUAGCAUUUUAGCAACUUUGGAACUACUACUUGCUACUUUGCAACUACUUAGCAUGUUAGCUACCCCUAAUCUUAACCCUUUUAGCUAACACUAACAAAUUGGAAUUCGUAUCAUAUGUUUUGCAAAUUCGUAUCAUAUUGUACGAAUUGCAAUUCGUAACAUAUCAUACAAAAUGGAUGAUGGACGUCCACAAAUUUAAUACAUACCAUACGAAACGUAACAAAGCAUACUAAAUAGUGUCACGGAUUUACUUACAGAAUACUAUGAAAUGCUCUUAGACCAGGAUGAGGGGGGUGUGCGCAACUCAAUAUUAGGAAGGUGUUCUUAAUGUUUUGUACACUCUGUGUAUACAGUGCAUUCAGAAAGUAUUCAGACCCCUUGACUUUUUCCACAUUUUGUUAUGUUACAGCAUUAUUCUAAAAUUGAUUAAAAUUAUCAGGUUGGAUGGGGAGUGUUGACGAACAGCUAUUUUCAAGUCUCUCCAGAGAUGUUCGAUUGGGUUCAAGUCUGGGCUCUGGCUGGGCCACUCAAGGACAUUCAGUAACUUGUCCCGAAGCCACUCCUGCGUUGUCUUGGCUGUGUACUUAGGGUUGUUGUCCUGUUGGAAGGUGAACCUUUGCCCCAUUCUGAGCUCCUAAGCGCUCUGGAGCAGGUUUUCAUCAAGGAUCUCUCUGUACUUUUCUCUGUUCAUCUUUCCCUCGAUCCUGACUAGUCUCCCAGUCCCUGCCGCUGAAAAACAUCCCCACAGCAUGAUGCUGCCACCACCAUGCUUCACUGUAGGGAUGGUGCCAGGUUUCCUCCAGAUGUGACGCUUGGCAUUCAGGCCAGAGAGUUCAAUCUUGGUUUCAUCAGACCAGAUAAUCUUUUUUCUCAUGGUCUGAGAGUCCUUUAGGUGCCUUUUACUGAGGAGUGGCUUCCGUCUGGCCACUCUACCAUAAAGCCCUGAUUGGUGGAGUGCUGCAGAGAUGGUUCUCCUUCUGGAAGGUUCUCCCAUCUCCACAGAGGAACUCUGAAGCUCUGUCAGAGUGACCAUCGGGUUCUUGGUCACCUCCCUGACCAAGGCCCUUCUCCCCCGAUUGCUCAGUUUGGCCGGGAGGACAGCUCUAGGAAGAGUCUUGGUGGUUCCAAACUUCUUCCAUUUAAGAACGAUGGAGGCCACUGUGUUCUUGGGGACCUUCAAUGCUGCAGAAAGUUUUUGGUACCCUUCCCCAAAUCUGUGCCUCGACAAAAUCCUGUCUCUGAGCUCUACGGACAAUUCCUUCAACCUUUUUUUUUUUUUUUUUUGCUCUGACAUGCACUCUCAACUGUGGGACCUUAUAUAGACAUGUUUGUGCCUUUCCAAAUCAUGUCAAAUCAAUUUAAUUUACCACAGGUGGACUCCAAUCAAGUUGUAGAAACAUCUCAAGGAUGAUCAAUGAAAACAGGAUGCACCUGAGCUCAAUUUAGAGUCCCAUAGCAAAGGGUCUGAAUACUUAUGUAAAUAAGGUAUUUCUGUAUUUUAAAAAAAUAAUACAUUGUCAAAAAUGUCUAAACCUGUUUUCGCUUUGUCAUUAUGUUGUAUUGUGUUUUAUUUAAUCAAUUUUAGAAUAAGGCUGUAACGUAACAAAAUGUGGAAAAAGGAAAGGGGUCUGAAUACUUUCCGAAUGCACUGUAUUGAACAACUUUAAGUCACUUCACAUAAAGGCAUCACCAAACUGACCAUUAUUGUUUAUUCUUCCCAUAGUUCAUGGACCUGUUGGAGCUGUGUGAGAAGCAGCCAGGCCUCAGUGAGCUGCUGGGCUCCUUCAGAGACCAGAGCGUGUCAGACUACAUUGUGGUGUACCUGCGGUUGCUCACUUCAGGCUACUUGCAGAGGGAGCACGGUUUCUUCCAGCACUUCAUCGAGGGGGGACGCUCUGUCAGGGAGUUCUGUCAGCAGGUGGGUUCCUUAUUAUGGAAGAUCAGAGAAUAAGGGAGAUAUACAGUGCCUUCAGAAAGUAUGCAUACCCCUUGACAUUUUCCACAUUUUUGUUGUUACAGCCUGAAUUCAAAAUUGAUUAAAUAUACACACAGUAGCCCAUAAUGACAAAGUGAAAACAUGUUGUUAGAAAAUGUUGCUAAUUUAUUAAAUUAAAUACAGAAAUAUCUAAUUUACAUAAGUGUUCACAUCCCUGAGUCAGUGUAUAUUAGAAUCACCUUUGGCAGCGAUUACAGCUGUGAGUCUUUCUGGUUAAGUCUCUAAGAGCUUUGCACACCUGGAUUGUACAAUAUUUUCACAUUAUUCUUUUAAAAAUUCCUCAAGCUCUGUCAAGUUGGUUGUUGUUCAUUACUAGACAGCCAUUUUCAAGCAGAUUUAAGUCAAAACUAUAACUAGGCCAUUCAGGAACAUUCAAUGUUGUCUUGGUAACCAGUGUAUAUUUGGCCUUGUGUGUUAGGCUUUUGUCCUGCUGAAAGGUGAAUUUGUCUCCUAGUGUCUGUUGGAAAGCAGACUAAAUCAGGUUUUCCUAUAGGAUUUUGCCUGUGCUUAGCUCUAUUGUGUUUCUUUUUAUCCAAAUAAAUUCCUAGUCCUUGCCAAUGACAAGCAUACCCAUAACAUGAUGAAGCCACCACCAUGCUUGAAAAUAUGAAGCAGUACUCAGUAAUGUUGUGUUGGAUUUGCCCCAAACACAAUGCUUUGUAUUCAAGACAUAAAGUUAAUUUCUUUACCAACAUUUUUCAGUUUACUUCAGUGCCUUUAUUGCAAAAAGGAUGCAUGUUUAGGAAUAUUUUUAUUCUCUACAGGCUUCCUUCUUUUCACUCUGUCAUUUAGGUUAGGAUUGUGGAGUAACUCCAAUGUUAUUGAUCCAUCCUCAGUUUUCUCCUAUCACAGCCAUUGGCUUCAUGGUGAAAUCCCUGAGUGGGUUUCUUCCUCUCCGGCAACUGAGUUAGGAAGGACACCUGUAUCUUUGUAGUGACUGGGUGUACUGAUACACCAUCCAAAGUGUAAUUACUAACUUCACUACGCUCAAAGGGAUAUUCAAUGUCUGCUUUUUUAAGUUUUUGCCCAUCUACCAAUGGGUGCCCUUCUUUGCGAGGCAUUGGUAAACCUCUUUGGUCUUUGUUGUUGAAUCUGUGUUUGAAAAUCACUGCACGACUGAGGGACCUUACAGAUAAUUGUAUGUGUGGAGUACAGAGAUGAGGUAGUCAUUCAAAAAUGCACACUUACUAUGUGACUUGUUAAGCACAUUUUUACUCCUGAAAGUAUUUAGGCUUGCCAUAACAAAUGGGUACAAUACUUAUUGACUUAAGACAUUUCAGCUUUUCAUAUUUUAUUAAUUUAUAAACAUUUCUAAAACAUAAUUCCACUUUGACAUAGGGUAUUAUGUGUAGGCCAGUGACACUAUCAAUUUAAUCCAUUUUAAAUUCAGGCUGUAACACAACAAAAUGUUGAAAAAGUUGAGGGGUGUGAAUACUUUCUGAAGGCACUGUAUUGCUGAGGAUGUUAAAGGCAAUAAACUAGAGCUCAAGUUGCCUGGAAACCUGACUUUGAAUUGCAUUGAAUUCUAUGUCAGGCAGAAAUUAGCGUUUGAAUCAGGAAAGUUUCCUCCCUCGACCUAUACAAGCCAGAAUGUUGAAUAUAAUUAUAUUUUCAAGUACUUUACCGGUUGUCCGUGCGGUUGGUCCUUUUGGCGGUAGGAAUAAGACACUAUAUCCACAGGAAAGUAGAAUUGCUUCAGGUGAUAGAAUUCUGAACACACUACCAGCGCUUUGAAAAGUUUAUGUAAUUCUACUUUCCUGUGGAUAUAGUCUCACAUUCCUACCGCCAAAAGGACCAACCGCACGGACAACCGGUAAAGUACUUGAAAAUAUAAUUCUAUUCAACAUUCUGGCUUGUAGAGGUCGUGAGAGGAAACUUUCCUAAUUCAAAUGCUAAUUUCUGCCUGAUGUAGAAUUCGAUGCAAAUCGACUUCGGGUUCCAGGCAAGAGCUCAAGUAUUUGAUUACAUAUGGUUUAGAACAAGUCUGAUCGUAUAAUUGCUUUUGAAUUAGUCCGAAUGAGCUGGAAAAUGUAUGCUAUCGUCUUGUACUCUUGAUUUUUCUUGCAAAUGCACAUUCCAGUAUCAUCCUGAGUUUUUUUUGUCUUGCAUAACAAGUCCCCAAACUCAAACACUUCGAUUGUCCUCUGUGUGUUUACUAUCCAGGAGGUGGAGCCCAUGUCUAAAGAAAGUGACCAUAUCCACAUCAUCGCCUUGGCCCAGGCCUUGAACGUGUCCAUUCUAGUGGAGUAUAUGGACCGGGGUGAUGGGGGGCACCGUCAACCACCACGUCUUUCCUGAAGGCAGCGAGCCUCGUGUCUUCCUUCUCUAUAGACCCGGCCACUACGACAUCUUGUACAAAUAACUACCUGCUGUUUAGAAAAUCCCCCCCAUGUCCUUUUCUACUGCUGUAGUGGCAGUGGAGAAAUAUUUCAACCGCCACAUUGAUGCAUACAUGUGUGUACGAAGAUUACACUAUGGUAUCUGAGAAAAAAAAACAAUCACAUUAUACAGCCACCUUCUCCCUCCCCUUCACUCCAUAUAUUCCCCUCAUCACAGAACAGUGAAAUAAAAAAACAAAAAUUUACAAAAAAAUAGCAGUGACUCCAGAUGUUUAGUUGUACAGUUUUUUCUUUCUUUUGUGGUUGUAAAUGUUAUCAAAUUGCUUUUUUUUGUUGGAUUGUUUUCCUUUGUUACACUGCGUUUUAUUAAAGGUAUUUACAUCUUA